AAUGCUUACUACCUGAAAACAGUUAUUAGCUGCCUGCUACUGCCUUUAGGAACUGGGUUAUAUUAAGGAACUAUUUUUCCACAAUACAUACUGAGCUCAUAGAUGAAUUAAACAUUUUCAAACAAAAACUCCCUCAGUGAUGGAUUCGGUGGAAAAUAAAUAUUUGGUGGCAAGGCCCAUAUACUCAGAGGAUUCCUUCAGUUCUGAUCAUGAAAUAGUGCAGAGGCACCAUAAAACACUACUAGAUCACUUUAAGAAAAUAUGCACGUGUUCUCCUCAAAAAGCAAAGAAGAUUGCGUUAAAUUUUGUACCUGUUCUUGCUUGGCUUCCUGCUUACCAAUUUAAGGAAUGGUUCCUAAGUGAUAUAAUUUCUGGAGUCACCACAGGACUUGUGGCCGUGCUUCAAGGUUUAGCAUAUGCACUGCUUGCAAAUGUAGCACCAGGAUAUGGACUAUAUACAUCAUUUUUCCCAGUAGUGGUCUAUUUCUUCUUUGGCUCUUCCAGACAUGUAUCAGCAGGUCCUUUUCCAGUCGUGAGUCUCAUGGUGGGCUCAGUUGUGGCUAGUGUUGUCCCUGGUGACACCACAGGCUUUUCAAAUUCUACCAAUGCCACUAAUGAAGCAUUGAUAGAGCAUCAAAGAAUGAUUGUAGCAUCAUCUUUAUGCUUCCUUGUUGGCAUUAUACAGUUGGCUUUGGGACUUCUGCAAGUUGGUUUUAUAGUCAUAUAUUUGUCGGACUCAUUAAUUAAUGGAUUCACUACUGCUGCUGCUAUUGAAGUGGUGGUGUCACAGCUUAAAUAUAUGUUUGGAAUUAAAAUUCCUUCAUUUAGUGGGCCACUAUCCAUAUUUUAUUCUCUAGAGAGCAUAUUUUCUCAGAUAACCUCAACCAAUAUCCCUGAUCUUCUUAUAGGCAUUAUCAUUAUGGUUCUUGUCUACAUUGUGAAAGAACUCAAUGUUAAAUAUAAGUCAAAACUGCCUGUUCCAAUUCCUAUUGAAAUAAUACUGACAAUCAUUGCAGCUGGUCUGUCAUAUGGAUUCAACUUUAAAGACAGAUACAAUGUAACUACCGUAGGUACAAUCCAAAAAGGAUUCCAACCUCCUUUGGCCCCAAGUUUACAAGUAUUUCAAACCACAAUAGCUAAUGCAUUUUCUAUUGCUAUAGUAGGAUUUGCAGUUGCAUUCUCUGUUGCCAAGGUAUAUUCCAUCAAGCACAACUAUAAUGUAGAUGGUAACCAGGAGCUAAUAGCAUUUGGGUUAAGCAAUAUUGUAUGUGGCUCAUUCAGAGGAUUUGCGGCUAGCACAUCAUUAUCAAGGUCAUCAGUACAAGAAAGCACAGGAGGCAAAACUCAGGUUGCUGGAAUUAUAUCAGGAAUAAUCGUUUUGAUUGUUACAUUGGCUGUUGGAUAUCUUCUGGAGCCAUUGCCUAAGUCUGUUCUGGCAGGCAUAAUUAUCAUCAAUUUAAAAGGAAUGCUAAUGAAGUUUAAUGAAAUUCCUGUGUUGUUCAAGAGAGAUAAGUUUGACUGUCUUGUAUGGAUUUUAACCUUUAUAGCAGCUCUGCUUCUUGGGUUGGAUCUUGGACUGGCAGCCGGUGUUGGAAUAGAACUUCUAACAGUGGUGUUCCGUGUACAAUUCCCCAAAUUUGCCGUGUUGGCCAAUAUUAGUAGAACAGACAUCUACAGGACAAAAAAAGACUACAGUGAUAUUUAUGAGCCAGACGGUGUAAAAAUCUUCAAAUCUCCAGCUCCUCUCUUUUUUGCUAAUGCAGAUUUCUUCAGAGAUAAAAUCACUGCUGCAACUGGUUUUAACCCACUAUGGGUACUGCGUAAACGCAAUAAGGCUUUAAGAAAAAUCAAGAAAUUACUGAAGAAAGGAGAGCUGCAAGUGACACCAAAAGGUUUGGUCACUGUAUCUCCUGAUUGCAAAGACAUUGAGGAUGAGGAACUAGAUAAUAAUACAUUGGAAGAACUGGACCAGCCUACUAAUACUGCAGAUUUGCCUGCAGAUAUUGACUGGAAUGCAGAUCUUCCAAUGAACAUUGCAGUUCCUAAAGUUAACAUUCACAGUCUAAUUCUUGAUUUUGGAGCAGUAUCAUUUAUUGAUUUGUCCGGAAUGAAGAUUCUAAAAGGAACUCUAAAAGAUUUCCUGAAGAUUGAUGUAGAUGUAUACAUUGCUGGUGCUGACUGUGGAGUUUUGGAAAAGUUACAAAGGAGUAAUUUUUUUGAUGACGAUAUAAAAACAUCAAUAUUUUUUCUUACUGUCCAUGAUGCCGUUUUACAUGUGCUGGAAAAGAAAGGACUAAAUUUGGCAUUGAAAAAUGGCACCUCAAAGGAAUCAGAAAAUAUUUUAUUUACAACUGAGACAUCAAAUGGAACACUGAGGGAACGACCAAUGCCAAAUGAAACAAAGUUCUAAGGAUGUUUUGUCAUGAAAAUCUCUGGCAGCGGCUGUUUGUUAACAUUCCAAACUUUUAUCAACACUGAACCCAAGGAAAGCAUCUUGCCUACUCAAGCUCCUGCCGGCAUUAUUUUCCCCCUAGAUGGAAACUAUUUCUUAAUUUCUACUGUCUUUUAUGCAUUCAUGUGAUGUCUCUUAUGAAAAUAUGCAUAUCAUAAAAGAGGUAAACUUCAUUGGACACCACCCAGCAAAACUUAAAGGAAUCCAUAUUUAUACCCUCCUUUUUUAUUAAUGCUUAUUAAAAUAUAGUAUUUUUCUGUAUGUUUAAGUCUGUCAAUAAGAGUUGCAAAACACGUUUCCCUGAUUAAUAACAGUUAGCACAUUUAGGCCUAUUUAUCAGAAUUAGGAUAUGUGUAAUUUUAGAGCUUUUUUUAUUCUUCGAAUAAACUCACUAUUUAAAAAAAAUGAAUGUUA